AUGGCGUCUGCUAACGGAGUUACAACGCUGUACAGGGCGACCGGCGACGAUGACGGACACGAGCAGUUGGGCUCCGGUAGCUCGACACCACCAGGCGCGGCGACCCCCCGACCAGACUUAACGGACAAACGACUGCCAAGCAUACUUCACACCUACUUCGGGCAGGUUUGUGACUCUUUCCGUACUCGCCCAAAGCAUACUAGUAGCACAAGUCCUACACACAUUGCUGCAAGUGGUGCGGCGGAGCAGAAGGCCGAGCAUAGAUCCCUGCCGAGACUCGGCGGCGAUGCUCUGCCUACAGCUCCAGCUUCACCGACCGAGGCGUUUAGCGGAGAUGGCGGGCUCCCGCCACUCUUGCCUCACGAGCAGCCAGACAUGUCCCAUCAGAAGACAUUCUCUCGUCCUGGCCCUCCCUCUUCCUACCCGACCCCUCCAACAUCCUCUGCCUCGUCGAUGCAUAGAGCAAGCAAAGACGAGCCCAGCACAAAUGGCUGCAGCGACGGCAGCGCGCCUGCGUCUCGCAUGCGGCUCUCGCACAAUGGCAAGGCCAUUUCGAAGUCGCCUUCGAAAGCGCGCAGGCACACGUUUGCCAUCUCCAGCCCUUUAUCAAGCAUUAUUACGACAUCCUCAGUCCCUGCUGCUCACAUCGAGAACCCGGCCACUCGCAUAUCCACUACUUCCCCUUCCAGCCCGAUAGUUGCUUCUCUUACUGCUUCGCGACCCCCUUCACCGUCCAAAGCGGCUAAAAAGGUCAAGAGGCUAACAGAAGGCGGCAUUUCGUCGUCCGGUCAGAAUACUCCUCCUCAGACACCCAGGACGCGAUCGCAGGAAGAUCGGGUAGAGUCGCCCAAGCCACAGUCGUCAAGCAGCGGCACAUCUCGAACGUCAGAUAGUGCUGCCGUCGCGCCUCCGAAGGGCAAACUUUCCGUCAUCAUUUCCGAAGGUCGUGCACUACAGCCAAGCGUUGAUCCAUACUGUGUCUGUCAGUUUCAAUGGGCAGAAUACAUAUCAGACGGACCGAGGAAGGGCAGGACUAGUGGCAAGACUGACGGUGCAGGGAAGGGAGAUGGAGUGGUAAUGAGAAGGACGGACAGUGAAAUGGGCAGGCCAAUGGCGAUACCUAUGAGAAGCAGACAAAGCAGCCACAGUGGGAGCAAUACAGGCGCACAGGAGACGAAAGCAGAGGUCACGAACCCAAAGUGGGACCACGAGGCUAUCUUUGAUGUUGUUGGCGACCACUCGGAAAUCGACGUAUCCGUCUACGACCGUGCAAACCAAGAGGCUUUCUUAGGCCAUGUCCGCUUUUGCCCGAGCCUCGUGGAGUACGAGUCCGCCUACGAUGGCUGGUUCCCGCUUGAGCCCCGAGAAGGCGAGGCAGACACAGUCACAGGAGAAAUCCACCUCCGCAUAAACUUUCAGAAGACAGAAAAGAAGCACUACGGACCGGAAGACUUUCAGAUCCUUAAGCUCAUCGGCAAGGGCACUUUCGGUCAGGUCUUCCAGGUACGGAAGAAAGACACGGGUCGCAUCUACGCUAUGAAGGUGCUGUCGAAGAAAGUUAUUGUACAGAAGAAAGAAGUUGCACAUACGCUUGGCGAACGGAACAUCCUUGUUCGGACAGCAACGGCCGACUCGGCCUUCAUUGUCGGUCUCAAAUUCUCCUUCCAGACACCUACGGACCUGUAUCUCGUUACCGACUACAUGUCUGGAGGCGAGUUGUUCUGGCAUCUGCAGAAAGAGGGCCGCUUUCAUGAAGCGCGCGCGAAGUUUUACAUUGCAGAGUUGAUCUUGGCGUUGCAGCAUCUGCACGAACACGACAUCGUAUACCGAGACCUUAAGCCGGAGAACAUUUUACUAGAUGCUAACGGCCACAUCGCGCUCUGCGACUUCGGCCUCUCGAAAGCAAACCUAACAGACACCGACACCACCAACACCUUCUGCGGAACCACCGAAUACCUCGCUCCCGAAGUUCUACUCGACGAGCACGGCUACACCAAGAUGGUCGACUUCUGGUCCCUAGGCGUCCUCGUCUUCGAAAUGUGCUGUGGCUGGAGUCCCUUCUACGCCGAAGACACGCAGCAGAUGUACAAGAACAUCGCCUUCGGCAAAGUCCGCUUUCCCCGUGACGCACUCAGCACCGAGGGCAGGAACUUUGUCAAGGGCCUCUUGAACCGCAACCCCAAGCACCGUCUGGGCGCAAUCGGAGACGCGGAAGAGCUCAAGGCUCACCCCUUCUUCGCCGACAUCGACUGGGAAGCCCUCGGCAAGAAGAACCUCGUCCCACCCUUCAAACCGAAACUCAAGUCCGAGCUCGACGUCUCCAACUUCGAUCCGGAGUUCACGAACGCGCUCAACAACACCAACGCUUCGUCGCUCAAUGCAAGGGCGGCGGCGCUCGCGUCCGGCGUGAACCCGGCUUCGACGCCGCUGUCGCCGACUAUGCAGGCGAACUUCAAGGGCUUCACCUUCGUGGACGAAAGCAACAUCGAGAAGCAGUUCCGGGAGCGCGAGAAUGAUAUGGAGCGCAUGGACGAGGACGACAAGGAGGACGACGAGUGGCACAUCAACAAGCCGUACGGGAGCCAGGACCGCGAGGACCGCAUGAGCGGGAUUGAGCGGGUGCAUACGAAGGGCGAGGACGACAUCUUCAACCACCAGGGGUUCGACGCGUGA